ACUUUUUUCACACUCAACUCAGAAUUCUCUCCUUAGUUCUCCUCUUUUUCUUUGAACACGACCAUAUUUCUACUGAUCAGCAAUCUGUCAACCCUUAAUACUUAAUCUUGCUGAGUUGAAGAAACAGUAGAAAUCAUGAAUGAGCAAGAAUCCAUAUCCUACUUGACUCAGCAACAGGCAGCUGAAAUUGAUGACUUAUUGAUGGGCAAUCUUGGUUUCAGCAUCGAUCAGCUCAUGGAACUGGCUGGCUUAAGUGUUGCAUCUGCUGUAGCUGAGGUUUAUAAGCCAAGCGAAUAUAACCGUGUGCUUGUAAUCUGUGGUCCUGGAAAUAAUGGUGGUGAUGGUCUCGUAGCUGCUCGUCAUUUGCAUCAUUUUGGAUAUAAGCCAAGCAUUUGGUAUCCCAAGCGUACUCCUAAACCUCUUUAUGCAGGUCUUGUCACUCAGCUUGAGUCAUUGUCAGUUCCUUUCAUUUCCAUAGAUAGCCUGCCUCAGGAGUUCCUAAACUUUGACAUUAUAGUGGAUGCAAUAUUUGGCUUCUCAUUCCAGGGAAAUCCUAGACCACCUUUUGAUGAUCUGAUCAUGAGCAUGGCAUCUUUAAGUGCACAUUACCCCGAACACCAGAAAUCUCCUGUCAUUGUAUCUGUUGAUAUACCUUCAGGCUGGCAUGUUGAAGAUGGAGAUAGAAGUGGUGACGGCACUAGACCUGACAUGCUGGUUUCUUUAACAGCUCCAAAGCUUUGUGCUAGAACAUUUUCUGGUCGCUACCACUUCUUGGGUGGAAGAUUUGUACCUCCAUCUGUUAUGCAAAAAUAUAAGCUACGACUUCCUAAAUACCCUGGCACAGCUAUGUGUGUCCAAAUUGGAAACUCAUGUCAAAUUAAAGUAGAGGAUCCAGUUCCUGCUAAGUUUCUUCAGAAGAAUGUUGAGGCUGAUCCUUUCCUUCAGUUCCAGAAAUGGUUUGAUGAUGCAGUGGCCACAGGUUUGAAAGACCCAGAUGCCAUGGCCCUGUCAACUGCCAACAAAGAUGGGAAGCCGUGCGUUUCUCCCAUUUUGCUCUCUUUCUUUCUCUUACAAAUAAUAAUAGGACAAAAUUCAUCGCGAAUGGUCCAAUUAAAAAAGGUCGACCGAGAAGGAUUUGUCUGGUGUAGUAAUUAUGGAAGUCGAAAAGGGCAUGAAAUAGCUGAGAACCCUCAUGCAUCACUUCUUUUCUACUGGAAUACCUUAAACCGCCAGGUAAGAGUUGAAGGGUUCGUGCACAAAGUUUCUGAUGAAGAGUCUGAGCUGUACUUCUGCAGUCGUCCACGAGAUAUUCAGAUUGCACCAGCCGUUAGCAAGCAGAGCACUGUCAUUCCCGGACGGGAAGCUCUCCAUCAACAAUGUAAAGAAUUGGAAGAAAAGUAUCCUGAGGGAAAUAAGAUUCCAAAGCCCCAAAACUGGGGAGGAUACAGACUCAUACCAGAGAGUUUCGAGUUUUGGCAAGGAGAUGAAUCAUCUGUACACUUGAGGUCACAAUAUUUUGCACAAAAUACUGAUGGAGAAACCAAAUGGAGAAUCAUCCAGUAGUCCUUUUACCAGCAUCUUAGCUACCUUGAAACUCAUAUGGAUUGUCGUUGUUUUACCAAUACUAGAUGCCUUGAUCCUUCUAAUUUAGCUCCUUAGGUGAAUGCUUUUCACUGAUUUGGCGUUUUUACCUACUUUUGAUGCAAGUGUUCAAUGUUCAGCAUCCACCUG